AUUCAGGGAAAGAUUCACGAAGAACGCCGCACGACAGCUUCUCGCUAUGUUGCCUAUCCGGGAAAGCGGACAACAGAGGACAGCCUGUGCCUCCCAUGCUGCAGUUGCUGAUUGCUCUGAUGUAUUACGGUGCUGGCACGUUUCAAACAGUCACCGGGGAUCCGGUCCACAUUCCUCAGUCAACAGUGUGCCGCGCAGUUGGAAAGAUGACUCUGCUCAUAGCGAAGCACCUGCGCCCGAUGCUGGUGCGCUUCCCGCAGUCGGCGAGACUUCCCAAAGUGAUGCGGGAUUUUUAUGAAGUGGCUGAAUUUCUUGGCGUAACCGGAUGCGUUGACUGCACACACGUGCGCAUAAAAGGCCCCGGCGGUAACGACGCGGAGGUCUUCCGUAACCGCAAGGGCUUUUUCUCCAUCAACGUGCAGGCUGUCUCCGGACCACAAUUGCAAUUUUUCGACAUCGUUGCCGGCUGGCCAGGCUCGGUGCACGAUAGCCGAAUUUUUGACAAUUCCCGCUUGCGGGUGCUCUACGACGAGAGCAGGGUGCCUGGAGCGUUGGUGGUAGAUGCGGGGUAUGCAUGUCAGCCAUUCUUGCUGACACCGCUCUCAGACCCUGGCCCAUCACACACACCGCAAGGAAGGUACCAGAAAGCCCACGUAAGGACACGCAACAUUGUUGAAAUGGCGUUCGGAGUGUGGAAGCGCAGUUUUCCUUGCCUGGAUAUGGGACUGCAGCAUAAGGAGGGAAACAUCGUUCUCAUUAUAACAGCCUGUGCAGCACUGCACAACUUGGGCUGUCUGCUGAAGGAGCCGCAGCCUCCUGUUCACAGUUUCCCAAAGCCCCUCCAGCAUGACAACGGCAAAGCGAACACUGCACUUGCCACCAGUUGA